AUGGAUCCGUUCAGCAUCGCUAUCGGUGCCCUUAGAAUUACCGAGUCCGCUAUUUUCAGUAUCAAUCACCUUCGUGAUUUGAUUGGUAGCCUCGCAGAAGCUAAAGAAGUCGUCCAAGAUAUCGCUUCAACCCUGGAAGCUAUCCAGCGUCCGCUAGCUGCUCUCGAAGAAAUUAAAAUUUCCGAUAGCGGGACUUGUGCCGAGGCCAAAUCAGAUCUUGAGAAGACUGGUGUUGCGGAUGUUGUGAACAAAUGUGGUCAGGUGUGUGCUGAUUUUAGCAAGAAACUUCAGUAA